AUGUUUCAGACACUGCACGGCAUCCCGGGCUAUGAGGAGAUGAACCAAAUCUGGAGUACACUGUAUUUGGGGUCAUACGAGGCCACACAAAAUCUACCCGAACUCCAGAAACACAACAUACGGACAAUACUGACAGUAAUGCACACAGAGAUACCGGCGGAUAAAAGACACCCGACAGUGAAAUACCAUUAUAUACCGGCGCACGACAUCGAAAGCCAGGACCUGUUGACCCGAUUCCCGGAGGCGUACGCUAUCAUCGACGCGGCCGUCACCGCGAAGACAGGCAUUUUGGUGCACUGCGCGGCCGGCAUAUCCCGAUCGGCCACUACUGUCAUCUCAUACCUGAUGAAAAAGCUCGGCAAGACUGCGACCGCAGCCCACGAUUUAUGUCAAAGAAAGCGUACGAUAAUCGGUCCCAACGAUAGCUUUCUGAUCCAACUGCGGCUCUACGAGAAGAUGGGCUGCCGUCUGGACGCCAAUCACCUGCCGUUUCGGCAAUACUUAUUCAACAUUUGUGACCACUUUGACAAUUACGCCCAAUUCUUCGAGAGGUUGGCUGUGGCCGAGCGGUCCACCAGUUAUCUCAAUCUGGGCCAGAAGUUCGGGUGCGUUGGCUGCGGUCAGGAACUGUUCCGUGAGCUACAUGUGCUCCAUAAUGACGGCUCCCAGAGGUAUCAGGAGCUGCCCGAGUGCGGCAAAGUCUUCGUGGAGCCCCAGCGUUGGAUGUCCGGCCAGUUCGCCGCCUAUGAUCGGGCCCUCAGUGUUGUGGUAAUCAAGUGUCCAAAGUGUGACCGACCGGUGGCCAAGUUUUAUACGCCCACCGGAACCGAAGUCACCCCAAUUGGUUGUCUCUGUCGUAACCAUUUGGACACCAAGAAUCUGGACAUACAGAUGUUGCCGGACGCCUACAAACUACUGUCGUAA